UGCACAUGAAUAUUUUAGCUUUUGUCGUUUUGACACCUCUGGUUUUUAGUACCGCAAGCGAAAAGUAGCUCUGUCACGCUGCGCCCCACGUACCUAGAUCUUGCUGGUCUGUAGUUCCAACGCCACGGACACGGUCUUCCUGUUCCGAAACUAAUUACUUGAAAUAGUUAGACUUCUCGAGGCUGACGACGAUGGCCAAACUAUCCGACAUCCUCUGCUUAGCAGCAAUCCUGGCGGCUGCAAACAUCCAUGUUCUCCAUGCUUGCAAUUGCAGUGCAACGGGCACAGCCACCUACACGGUGACGUUUGAAUCGCAGUGGACUCUGCCGACGCCACCCACCUUCGCCCACUGGUCUCCACCAAUUGGAACUAGCCACAGUGCCUGCUACGUCAUGUGGCGUCGCGGAACAGACGCCAGCACCGGAAUGGAGGCCAUGGCAGAGCUUGGCAGAACAGGUAGCCUCAAAAGUGAAUUUACUGCUCAGGGAGCUGAUACGCUCGACACUAUCAGCGGUAUUCCUCCGAGCGUUCAAAGAUCAGCUCCAGCUAUCACAUUCACAGUUGACAGGUACCGCCCGUAUGUGUCAGUGACGUCCAUGAUUGCGCCGAGUCCCGAUUGGUUCGUUGGCGUGGACACCCUGGACCUGUGUGAUGACUCCAGCUGGGUGAACGAGGUCGUGCGCCCGGCCUUCCCGUAUGACGCCGGUACCGACAACGGACUGGAGUUCGGGUCUUUGGACAUCGACAAAAGCCCACGUGAGAAGAUUGCCAGGAUUACGUCCACCAGCCCAAACACUCAAUCGUUUCUCUCCCCGUCGGCUGUCAUCCCCAUGGGCAAUUUCAAGUUCACUUUUGUCAGCAUGGCCGCUACUCCAGCGCCUGUCGACCCAAUGUGCUCCCAGUGUCCAGUGUCCUCAGUCGGAGGGGAUUCCCCAACCGGUUCCACAGGUAUGGGCACUAGCACGAGUGCGAUUACGAGCUCGAUUGUGAGCACCAGCAUGAUGAAUGUGACCACCAGCAUGCCUGUGAUCCCCAGCACCAGCGCGAAUGCACCCGCAGGUAACGUAGCUGGUACAACAGACAGCAGCCAAGCGCCAGUUUCCCCCGCUCUGGCUGUGAUCGCGACGGCCGGCAUGCUGGCAGUCGCUCGCAUCCUGCUGUAUUAAGAGCUGUCACCAAUCAUCAGUGAACAAUGCGUUACUGUGCCAAAGUGCUGCGUUGCACUUUGCUGUGCACUAUCGACAUCCUCAUAGCUGCUUGCUCAUUCUACACGUUUGCACCUAACGCAUGCCGUUGUUCUGCGAGAUCCCAAGAUCUUGCCACACAUCUCUCCCCUUUAUUUAAAUUGGAUAAUGCCGCUGCUUUUAAUGUUUCAACGUGCUUGACAAUCGACUUCUCUUAUCAAAUUCCGUGUUGACAUUGCCUUCUCCGAGUGACUCACGCUCCUGUCUCCAUGGAAACCGCCUUGCCAUCCUUUCCAGCACAUGUCCCUGACAUUUCCCGGUUCCCUUCGGCGUAUUGUCUGUCCACCUUUCUGAAACACAGUUAUAUUUUUUUAAAGAGAAUAUUUCCAUCAUUUGUCUCGCUCACUGUUUGUUGGCUUUCCGUCAACCUUUGGCGGCUUGCAUUUGGAAUAAGUAUCCUUCACAUGCAUCGGAAUCCUGUAAAACGCCCAAUGUUUGCGUCAGUAAAUUUUUGCGAUCUCUCAGAACCAGCAAGUUUUCGAUGGCAAAUGUCUAGGAGUACUGUGGCCACACACAUACACCCACUGUUGAAGUUUGAUUUAGUGAUUGUUAAUAUUUGCGUUGUACUCUUCUCGCAAAAUUAGCAAACAUUAAUACGCUGGAAACAUUUAAUAGGCAGUUUACAAUAACUUAUUUUUAGAACUAACAAGUACGUGCAACAACUCUU